GAGAUGUUCAUUCUGAGCAGCAGUAUCAGCAGCAGAAAUUUUCGAAUCAGUCAUCUGGGCCUUCUUACAGGAAAGACCAGUAUUUUCCAAAAGGGCAGAAUAGAGGAGAGAGAGGCAGAGGAAGAGGAGGAUGGCAAGGAGGACGCCAGAGUGUUUCUGAGGAAAUGCCGAAAUACAUAACAGUGUCUACCUUUGCUCAAGCUCGUGCUGCUGAGAUCAGUGCCAUGUUGAAAGCGGUUGCGCAGAAGUCUUCAAACUCUCUAGUUUUCCAGACUCUGCCUAGGCACAUGCGAAGGCGAGCUAUGAGUCACAACAUUAAACGCCUACCCAGGCGGCUCCAAGAGAUUGCCAGGAAAGAGGCAGAGAAAGCUGUACAUCAGAAAAAAGAACAGUCAAAGACUAAAUGCCGCAAAGCUAGAAGGCGUCACAUAAAUUUGGUAGCAGAAUUUAAUCGCAGGCAAAGAAAGAAUAUUUGGCUGGAAACGCAUAUUUGGCAUGCAAAGAGAUUUCAUAUGGUGAAGAAAUGGGGAUACUGUUUAGGAGAUAGCCCAACGGAGAAGAGCUACAGGGCUUGUUACCGAGCCAUGACAAAACACUGCCUUCUUCAGGACUUAUCAUAUUAUUGUUGCCUGGAGUUGACUGGUAGAGAGAGCGAGCUUCUGAAGCAACUUGCUCGAAUAUGUAGCGUUGAAACAGGAUUAACAUUUGAAGAGGCUUGUUGUCUGUCUGGAAGAUUUGAGGGUUCCCUGAAUCUUUACCGAGCAGAUCGCUAUCCUGAGGAUAUGCUUGGUCCCAUUACAUUUAUUUGGAAACCCAGGGAUGGGUCUGAAAACAGACAGUUGUGGAUCUGGAUGCAUCCAGCUCUCAAACAGGACAUGCUGAGAGAGUUAAAAACAAUUUUUCACUGUUCAGAGCCUGAAGAAAUCUAUAUUCCUGAGCCUAUUACACCAUCAGUUCAAGAGGAAAAACAAAUGGAUGUUGCUCUGAGCCUUGGCAAGAAAAGAAAGAAGGAGGAUAAAGAAGGAGAAAAAGCUGUGCCAGUGAAAAAAAUAAUUGGUGACGGCACUAGAGAUCCAUUCCAGUCCUACUCUUGGAUCUCGCAGACUACUGGCAUUGUGAUCAGUGAUAGAACUAUGGAGAUUCUCAGAUAUCGGCUGAUUGGCCCAUUAUCACACUCUGUCCUUACAGAGACCUUGAAAGCUGCUUCUCUCCAAACAGAGACGGCAGAUUCAGAGACAGAACUGAAUAACUGGUGGGUAGAAAACUGCAAGGACUCUGAAAAAGUAUCUCUUCAUCAACAUCAAAGUGCUAUCUUUGAGCUAUUAGAAGGGAUAAGUUCACCAUCAGAAAUGCCACCAGGUACAAUACUGGGCCUUACUGUUGGAGAUCCUCGAGUCAAUUUGCCAAAAAAGAAGACAAAAGCCAUGCCAGACUUUGAAAAAUACCAAGAUAAUGAUAAAGUUAGGCAGCUGUACCUGGAGGGUGUACCUGUAGACUGUGCUCACAGCUUUAUCUGGGACCGGGACAUCUGUAAGAACGUCACUGAAAAUAAAAUCUCAGAGCAGGAUUUAAACCAUAUGAGAGCUCAGUUACUGGUACCUGGAUCACACCUUGAUUUGGGUCCUUGCGAAUCUAAGAUUCCCAUACUGUUGGUGCAGCAGCCAGGGAAAAUGGCUGGAGAAGAUCGACCAGGAUGGGGGAGUGGCUGGGAUAUCUAUCUCCCAAAGGGCUGGGGCAUGGCUUUCUGGAUUCCUUUUAUAUAUCGAGGUGUACGAGUCGGUGGCUUGCAAGAGGCUUUAAAGCAUUCUGAAUAUCAAAGAACACCUCACACUCCAAAUGAUUUCCCAGACUGUCAGGCGGGAAUGCAGUUCGCCAAAGAACUGGAAACCAGUCUUCUUGAAAAAUUCAAACGACGUCCACCUGCAAAAAGGGCAAAUUAUGUCAAGCUGGGCACUUUGUCCCCUUUCAUCUGUCCUUGGGGGCAGCUGACGAAGAACUGGGAAGGAAGAAUGAAAGCUUCAGGAGAAUUUGUACAUCCUUCUUCCCCACACUCUGAGUGCUGCGCAACUGAAGAGCAUAGCUUUUGUGACCCCAAAGCAGAAGUGGUCCAAGAAGCUGGCCCUGAGACUGGUGAGGUAGAGGAGACCAUGGAAAUAACAAGCUCUGAAGGUGUCGUAAAGACAGAGGAUGUUACAAGCACCCAAGACUUUGUUGAGAGAGAUGAAACUAUGACAACAAAUGACUUUAUUGUUCUCAGGAGUGAGAAACUACUAAUGCAGUUAUCAGCCUGGUGCUAUCCCACUGCUGGAAAAGAUCGGCGAGUCCGCCUUAUUUCUCGACUGGGGCAGAAGGAAAUGACUGAAGAUGUGUUUUUGCCAAUCUUGAUGAGCUAUCCAAGGGCUCUUGUAUGGGUCAACUUGUCUCUCCUGAGAAAGGGGAAUCCUGAAUUACAUGCCAUGAUUUGCAUCCCAACAGAAGAUGACUUGCUGCAUCUAAGCAAAGACAAACUCUUCUGUGGUCCUCAAGAACCCAAACAUCGUGACAUAUUCAAGCACAAGGUACAGAAACUAAAAGAGGAGAAGAAGAAAAAGGGUUACACAAAGGCUCUAGAAAGUGACCCCCUGAGCGUUCCAGAUAAAGAAACAACUGAGGCACAUGAAGACCUAAUUCUUGGUCUUUGGUCAGACAUUCUCCCAGAUGUUACUUCCCACUGCUCCAGAACUCUCUUGGGAUAUGUCACUCGAGGGGAUUUUUCAUUGGCUGCAGGCUGUGGAGAAGCACUGGGUUUUGUUAGCUUGACAGGGUUACUUUAUAUGUUACACAACCAGCCAGCAGAUAAAAAAGGGCUCGUUUUGUUAAGAACUCCAGCAUCUUUACAGUACAGAUUUGCAAGACUUAAUAUUGAGGUUUAAGUAUCAUUGCAAUG